CGCAACCUCCAUUAGUUCUUACCUCUAAUACCUUGUUCAGAUCGUAAAAACCACAUAAAACUGCUGCGAAGGAUGUUGUGUGCUUAUUCUGUAUGAAAAUAGAUCUCAUUUCCUUGUUUUGGAAGCCCUCUUUGAGUAUAUGAACUUCCCUGUACUGUUUUAGGUCUAGAAAUUUUUCCUUUCCAGAGCAUCGUUUGAUCCAAAAUAAUAAUUGCAAUUUGUGAAACAUGUUUGCUCCACACUUAGCGAAAAACUGUGUCUGUUGACUCUGUUUUAGCCAUAGUAAUCCGUGUAACCGGUUUAAGAUAAUACCGGCUAUCAGCACCGCUUGCCUCUGGCAACUUAAGAAAACCUUAAUCAUCUUUAAUACCUGCAGCUGUUAAACAUUAUCACAUAGUUUCCUGUAUGUCAUUAGGCCCCUUCUUAAGCCGCCAUCUUAAAUAACCCAAUAAUGUUUAUUCUCCGGGUUAUAGUAAACCGGAAAAUUUCCUUUAUCUUGUUGUAGGCUUCAAUUUACCCAAUGGCACCCAAAGCUGUUAAACCUCCGGUUACCUGCAACUGGGUCCCAUCCAUUGUUAUAGAGAGCAAACUGUCCGAGUUUGUAAAAUCUGGCCAUCUGCCCAAGAAGGAUGUCAUGUCUUAUCAUGCUCCUGACCCGUCUGAAGAGAAACCUCAACCCAAGGAAGGGGAGGUGAUCAUUUUUACCGAUCACAUGAGCUGGGGAUUUGCUCCUCCCGGUUCAAAAUUCUUUAGAGACGUUUUGCACUUCUUUGACUUAAGACCUCAAGACAUCGGGCCCAAUUCCAUGUCAAAUAUCUGCAACUUCCAAGUUUUUUGUGAGGUCUACCUUGGAGAAGAACCCAGCCUACUUUUGUUCAGGGAAUUGUUCUAUUUGAACCGCCAGAAUGAGCGGGCCAACGGGCCCAGUCUGGAGCUUGGUGGCAUAUCGAUUCAAAGGCGGAGAGACUGCCUGUUCCCUUAUGCUGAAUUGCCGAGUCAUCCAAAGGACUGGAACCAGACAUGGUUCUACUACCAAGAUACUUCUCCGGCUGGUGAAAACCCGCUGCCCGGCUUCCGUGCAUUGCGCCUUGAACCUACUCACCCGCUGCCGGAUAAGUUGACUGCUAUUGAACGUUUGCCACUCACCCCCAAGAUCAAGAAGAUUAAAGCUCUUUUAGGGAACGGCUUAGAUGGCAUUGACCUGGUCCGAGUCUGGGUUGCUUGGAGAAUAAUUCCGUUAAGCCGCCGCCCCGGCUUAAUGUGUAAUUAUUCAGGCGAGAAAAAUGACCCUCAACGUCAUAGUCCUGACGACUUACCAGAUGACGUAGUGGAAGCUACAACUCAGUCUUUGUUGAAAGAGGGCACAGUGAAUAGUAACGCUUUUGGCUUACUACCUUUUUGCAAGAAGAGCCCGGCCCACUGCAGCAAAUGAUAACUUCUGGAAAAUCCAUAUGAUCAUGAGGCGGCCAAGAAAGCCAGGAGGCCAAGAGAGCCGAAAGGAAAACCGCCAAGCCCACCACUUCAAGGAAAAGGAAGCCAAGCGCUUCUGAGUUGUUUCAGCUUGAUGAUUCUGAUGAUAAUGAGGAAGAGGAAGACACGGGCAACAGCCAACCCGUCGAGGAAGAGCAACAGCAAUUUGAAAACCGGAGGUAGACCCGGACCAGGAAGGAUGCAGAGCUAUCCUCCGGCUUGCCUGACACAACCCGGAAGCGUCGGACUGAGGAUACCUCUCCUUCAUCCGGCGAGUCCAUGCAAUCAAACAUGCCAGCUUUUAAGACUGCCCCUGGCAUGUAGGUUAAGCCCAGGAAGAAAAACAAAAAGGAUAAACUGGCCCAAACCCCUGCGGUGACUGAACCGGAACAGGGUAUAGCUGCUCCCGACUCUUCCACACAUCAACCGCCGCCUGAGCCGGCUCAAGACAUUGCAGCACCAACUUCUGACCCGCCUGCUGAAGAUAUUCUUGAUGGUUCUGUUAACCCAGAGACACCUAGCCCAGUCAAAACGGCUGACCCAGAAGUGGAAUUUCUCAAGGCUCAAUUCGUUGAGCCGGCCAGGCCCACUGUCCUUGCCAAAUGCUCGGCUAAAGAGGAGUUGCUAGAACGCCGUAAGGCCAAGAUGGAUAUCACCGACUAUACUCAUUUGAGUAUUGGAGAGAUCGUCUUGGGCUAUAUCAACCAGGUGCAAAGCAGCCGUGACCUGGAAAUUGACAUGGUGAAGCAAAUACAGCAAAAAUCUGAGGCCACCAUAAGUCAAUUUGAAUCAGAGAUUGCUGACCUGAAGAACCGCCUGGCAGCCCAGGAGAUUGAAAUUCAAAAGGCUAACUCCAAAUUUGAAUUCAGCGUCUCUGAACAAGAGAAGCUGAAGAAAAAUUUUGAGUCGGAGAAGAAAAUUUGGACUGACGAAAAGGCCGGACUGGUGACCUGGGCCGAGACAGUAGAGGCGUCGCUGGCAAAUGCAACAGCCGAACUGACCGGCUUACAGCGCCAGAUAUCUCGGAUGGUCUCAGCGAUCUUUGGCCCCAGGAGCACAAACCUCAAGCAGAAUAUGCUGAUCAAAUUGAAGGCGGUGUAUACUCUAGUAGAGCAACUGUACAUCGGGUCACAACGUGUCUUGGCCGUCGUAGCCUUAUCAAAUGAUGUUGCCCACCUCUUGCAAGAUGUGUUACAACGGCUUGCUGUACUUCCUCAGCGGAUUCAAGAGUUGAGACGGGCCCAAGCAAGAGCCGGAGCAAUAGCCGCUUUGAGUCAGGCCAAAGCCUGGUUACCAGAGCUAGACCCGGCCGACAUCGCUCUUGGGUAUCCAAGUUUAAAGGAGGAUGGCACUCCAUUUGAUGAAAAGGAUUUCACCACCUGCGUGAGGGAUAUACGCCCUGUGGCCACUCAAAUUGGAAACGACACUGACCUCACCAAGUGUCAGCCGGGUUAUGACAAGGAGAAUCGGAGAAUCCCCACGCCGCAUUAUGACGAUGUCAACUUGAUCCCUCCAAUCCGUAAGCACACCUUUGCCCCUGAAGUCGACCCAACCGGUUUAAUAGAUGAUGAAGCUGAGUUUGAGGCCUUGAGUGGCAUUGACUGGGCCUCAUCAUCCUUCCAGGACAAAGCAGCCGGCGGAGAGGCGAAGAAGGAUAACCCGGAGGCUUCAAGUCAACCCCAAGAAUAGAUUGCCAGGCGCCACCUGCUUAUGUCGUUGUAGAAAAACAAUGCCGCAUCAUUCAGACUCGGGGAGUCUUGUAACAAAGUAGAAAAUACUUUGAGUUUUGCUAUGCCUUUGCGCAUGCUUAUGGCCCUUAAUACCUGCAUAAGCCGCCGUCACUAUGCACUUUGUAGUUUAUAUGAAUCUGUUAUGUCCUUUGCAGAAA